AUGCUUUUACUCCAUCAGGUCGGCAGCCUGAAAACUGGCGAAGUCGUCCGCUACACCAUCACAUACAUACCGUCGCAAGACCGCAUCUUACCGUCUCCCGAGAAGCUCUACCUCCGCGUACGCAACACUUCAGCCAUCGCUCUCCGCGCCGCUUUCGUACACGGACCGUAUACCCUCUGUGCCGCUGCUUACCCUGCCGGUUACAAUCCCAACGAGAAAUUUGAAUACCCUGAGCGUUAUGGCGUUCCUGAAUUCGAGCCUAUGGUGAAGGCGGGUGGUUCUUGGGAGUGUGAACUUGUGGUACCGGUUACUAUUCGACAGAGUGCUGGAUUAGGAAGUCAUGGUGGUUUUGGAAAGGGGCCAUCUCAUGACCAUGAGAGCGCUAGCUGGAUCGUUGAGGUUUCUUCGCAGAUUCUUUUCUCGACAUCGGCGGCUGUUGGUUUCGAGGUUCUUCUGGCUCGCGACAAGAAGUCCUUAAGUUUGGGCAACUCGAGUGCAGUAGUCAAUGGUCAGGCACAAGUUGCGCAGCCUGGAAAAAUCAGUGAUCAUCAGCAAGGCGUGGGGGCUAAGGAUGGACACCAUCCCGCGCAGCCUAAAGGUGUAUUUUCUCGAGCGAUACAAGUCAAGGUUGAAGAUACUGCAACAUUAUGGAACACACCUAGACUUCCAGGCUGGGAUGAUCAAGGUGAUCCUGAAAAGCGUGAAGGCCCGGACCAGCACGUAGAGAGUGUCUCCAAAACUGGCGACCCUGAAGCAAAAGACGAUACUUCAGAACCACAAAAGCCGAAACAGAAGCAAAAGAAGGUCCACAUAGUGGUUCUAACGCAUGGCCUCCACAGCAAUCUUGGCGCAGAUAUGCUGUUCAUGAAGGAGAGCAUAGAUGCAACUGUCAAGCAAGCCAAGAUCGAUGCCAAGGCACGGCGCGCCCGGGAGCGAGCCGAGAGGAAAGAAUCGGACAACGGUCUUGCUCAAUCAGAUUCUUACAAUACAAAGGAUCAGGAUAGGGUUGAAGGUGAAGAUGAUGAAUCAGACGACGAUGAAGAGGUUAUUGUACGAGGCUAUUCGGGCAACUCGACAAAGACCGAGCGCGGGAUUAAGUAUCUUGGAAAACGACUCGCUAGAUACGUGUUGUCCAUGACAUACCCAGAUCAGCCUUUUCUUCCAACAGGAAAAGGGAUGGCUGAAACCUUAACCCAUACGUUCGACAAGCAUGAUCCUCAGCAGAAGGCAGUGCAUGCCCACAGUUCGAUUCAUCUCGGCAAAGAUGGGGCGCAUUUGCGUCAGGCAGAGCGGCCAUACAAGAUUACAAGUAUAAGUUUCAUUGCUCACUCCCUCGGUGGACUUGUACAAACUUACGCCAUUGCGUAUAUCCAGAAGCACUCACCACAAUUCUUCGACCUCAUCAAGCCUAUCAACUUUGUUGCUCUAGCUACUCCGUUCCUGGGGUUGAGCAAUGAGAACCCCCUAUAUGUCAAGUUCGCUUUGGACUCUGGCCUUGUCGGCCGGACAGGCAAAGAUCUCGGUCUGACCUGGAGAGCACCAACGAUCGCAAGAAGCGGCUGGGGUGCUAUUGUAGGAAAUUUGGGCGAAACGGCACAUAAGAAGGUCUACGGCGAUUCGCAACCCGAGUCGAAACCGCUUUUGAGAAUCCUACCAACAGGACCUGCACACACAGCCCUAAAGAAGUUCCGCAACCGAACUGUGUAUUCCAACGUGGUCAACGAUGGCAUUGUACCGCUACGUACAAGCUGUCUGCUGUUUUUGGAUUGGCAGGGACUUGGACGUGUUGAGAAGGCUCGACGAGAUGCCGGCUUGGUCGAGACUGUUGUUGGUUUUGGAUGGUCCGAGUUGACAGGCACCGCCCAGGGCAAUGCUCGCCAGAGGCAGAUUAUAUCAGGAGAACGCUCUGCGGGUCAAUCUGGUACCUCAUCACCUCGAGAUACUCAUGAAAACAUGCGCGAAGUCCCGCAGCCGCCCAACUCGGUAAUAGUGGAUGAUGACCGGGCGAGCUUGCGGUCUGUGACGACACCAUAUGGUGAUGAGGCGCCAUCCGACUCAGCUGAUUCAGGUAACGCUGAUUCGAGUGCCAGCGGGCCAUUGUCAGGGUUCUUCAACUUUUUCAAGAGCAAUGAGCCACCCAAACCUCAAAACGUGUCACCGAAGCAGAAGAGGAUAUUCUCUAAUAGUCAAACUCUUAAGGGCCAGGGUGAUGGCCAAGGCAAUGAAUCUGCUGAAUCGGAUUCAUCUAAACCAUCAAAGGUUACAACAGGGCACGAGCAUGAAGAUGAGGUGUCAGCUCCCCCAAGGACGACUGUCUUUGAAUCAGCCAGUGACCUUCUCAACCCGAAGGUGCCUGAUGUUGAGUAUCUCAUUGACCCAUCUAAACGGCCACGAACUAUUUUUCACGAUCGUAUCUAUCAUCCAUCCGACAUACCAGGACCGCCAUUGAAAAAGCGUCCCUCAACAUUGGUUAGAAGGAACACCGGCCAACGACAAAACUCGACAGGACAGGCUUCAACAAGCAGUACAGGCUCUAGUCCUUACCCGUCUGUGAAUCGUGAGGACAGCUCAUUGUCGUCCAAAGACUACGAUGACACAGCGCACACCAACCCGGAUAAGGAUGCACACGAAGUCAUCGACACAUCCAAUAUGCGUGUCGAGGAAAAGAUCGCAAGAGCCUAUCACAAAGACUUAUCCUGGAGGAAGGUGCUCGUCAAGGUUGAGCCGGAUGCUCAUAACAAUGUCUUUGUCCGACGCAUGUUUGCCAAUGCUUAUGGAUGGCCUGUAAUGAAGCAUCUGGUUGAUGCUCACUUCAGUGACUCAGUAACCGCUCGCCUCCGCAUGGAAGAUGAGGACAACAAAGAGCGAGCCCGUAACAUGAACGAGCCACCAGAUGCGCAUGGAGCAGAGCUCAAGAAGAGCCGGGACAACCUUGCAAACAUGACCCGAACAGACAGCGAGUCUCGGGAGGCCCUCGAUAAGGUAUCGGACCUAUCCAAGGCAGCAAGGUCAAAGCGAAACAGUGACUCGUCUACGCAUCAACGACCAAAGGUCGAGCGGGCCGAUUCCGUGAACUGGAGCGACCGGGACUGGCAUGAUAGUGACAAUGACAGUGAUCUGGACUUUGGAGGAGAACCACCAGCCCCAACGACGCCGUCGGCACUCAGUCCGACAGACAAGGGCAAAGAGGCGCAGGGGUCAUCGGGUGCGGGUGGGUGGAACUGGGCGGAGAAGAUUGUGGGUAAGGGAGCAUCACGAGCAAAGAGUCCCGUGCAUGACGGCGGGGGAAGCUAA